AUGUACAGUAUACGUCUUCCAUGGAGAAUUGAAGAACCACAUGAAAGAAUUUGGAGGGAGAUCAUUCAUAGGAAAUUCGGUUUUCCAAUGAAUCCCCCACUCUUCCGACGAGGUCAGGCUUUGCAUCCAGUACCUAGAGUAGUUGAUUGGCUCGGCCCAUCUUCUGAACUGCUUGUGUGUCCCCAUGAAGCCGUUAAACAGCCACCCAAUGUAGGUUCAACCUACAUCGUUACAGGUCGGUAUACGUAUAAGCAUUAUCUUCAGGAUGGAGUAGAUGAUAGGAAUUGGGGUUGUGCAUAUCGAUCACUUCAAACACUUGUAUCCUGGCUUAUGUGGCAAGGUGAAAUAACUCCAGGUCCACUACCAUCUUUAAGAGAUAUUCAAGCUUCCAUUGUACGUUUUGGAGAUAAACCAAAAAGUUUUAUCGGUAGUUGUCAAUGGAUUGGUUCGCUAGAGGUUAGUUAUUGUUUGCAAGAGUUAUACAACAUUCAUUGUCGGCUUUUGCACAUCCCACAAGGACAUCAGAUGAAUCAGCUAGCAGCACCUACUCUUGCACAACACUUCACUUCCGGUGGAGGACCAGUUAUGAUUGGUGGCGGCCAAUUAGCUCAUACAGUUAUUGGUGUUCAGCUAUGUGAGUCGACUUUGAACAGCACUGAAUCAUCAUGUCGUUACUUAAUUCUUGAUCCCCAUUAUACUGGUCCACUUGGAAAUAUUAAGCUUAUUACCGAAAAAGGUUGGUGUGGUUGGAAACUUCAGAAUUUUUGGAAAUCCAGUGUACACUAUAACCUUUGUCUUUUACCACCCAUGAAAAGUAAUUGUGUAUAA